AUGUCUUCUCGUCAAAACAAUAUAACCAAUGAAAUGCGUUUAGUUAACGAACCUCGGGAUGCUUUUACUGCUACUUAUUUGCUUCGACGACUUAAUAGUAUUGAACGUGAAUCAGUGGGUAAUUCAGCGAAUCUCUCAACAGCUUUGUAUCCUGUGCUCACAUCAGUAUCACGUGUUGAUGAAGAUAAUCCUCCUCAAGGAGUUAUUGAUAUUGAAGGCGAAUUGGAUAUAAGUCGAACAACAGUCGAAAUUCGAAGUGAAGAUGGUCGACAACAACUUAAUAGUUUUGUUACCAAUCGAGUUUCUACACAUUUAAAUGAACGUAUAUUAGGCGCGCCACGAUGUGUCAGUCGACCAAAGUCAUCAACUGUAGUUAAUCUACAAAAUCGUUCCAUUCUCGAUAUACGACCCGUGCCAGCACCGGCUCCAACAAUAAAUCCAAAACGUAUUACUGAAUCAUAUCAACACCAUCCACAGCGUCAACGAAUGACGAUGGGCAUAGGAAUACGAUCGAUGCCAUUGAACGAAAAAAAACCCGAUGAUCCAACAACCUAUCACGAUAGUUCAUCAAUGAGUAGCUCAAGAACUCUUCCCAUACGACCAGAUAACAUUCCAAUCAAUCUAGUUUCUCGUUAUGAAACAACGACAUUAAAUCAUUUGGCAACAUUAAAUAAAAUGCAGGCAAUCAGGAUAUCAAGUGUGAGAAAGUCAACCAAAAAUUCGAACAGCCAAUCGUUAUCCAUAGGCGUAGAAAGUGGUCAAAUGUUAACAAAAUUAACUUCCGAUAACGAUGGACACCACCAGAGACCUGUCAUAAGUUUUCAUUCAUUAAACUAUACAUUAAAAUCACAGCAAUGCUGUAAUAUCCUACCAAUGCCAUGUUUAAAAAAGAAACAACAAUAUAUACUUAAUAAUAUGAGUGGAAUUUUUAAACAAGGCAUGAAUGCCAUAUUGGGAUCGACAGGAAGUGGCAAAUCAUCUUUAUUGGAUAUUUUAGCCGAUAGAAAAGAUCGACAAGGUCUCGAAGGACAGGUCUUAAUAAAUGGAGAACCACAAGCAUCUGAUUUCAAAUAUCAAGUUGGUUAUGUUGUUCAAGAUGAUGUCGUUAGUGGAAAUUUGACCGUGAAAGAAAAUUUAAUGUUUUCAGCUAAUGUCAGAUUAUCAACAAAAUUAUCUUCCAGUGAAAAAAAUCAAAUUGUCGAUGAAGUUAUUGUACAAUUAGGAUUAGAAAAGUGUGCAAACUCAGUUGUUGGCACUGAAUUUAAACGUGGCAUAUCAGGCGGAGAACGAAAACGAACAAAUAUUGGAAUGGAACUUGUUCUUUCACCCAAUGUUCUCUUCUUAGAUGAACCAACGACAGGUCUCGAUUCAUCAACAGCUCGCAAUAUCAUGGAAUAUCUUCAUCAAUUAUCUCGAUCAGGACGUACAAUCAUUUUCUCGAUUCAUCAACCUCGUUAUUCAAUAUUCAAAUUGUUCGAUACUCUCUUUGUGAUUGCUGCUGGUCAUUGCAUUUAUCAUGGUCCAGCUAAUGAUGUUCUUCAAUUUUUCACAUCUAUCGGUUUCACUUGUGAACAACACGACAAUCCGGCUGAUUUUAUUCUCGACAUAUGUCAAGGUGAUUAUCGAUCAGCAUUACUAUCGACCGAAUUGUCAGACACGAACAAACCAGAUAAAAAUAAAAGUCAAUUGGCUCAAGAUUUACAUAACUUCUAUGUUCAAUCAUCCAUCUAUACUAAUAUGAAAAAACAAAUCGAUAGCAUGAAUUCUUUAUGCAAUGAUUCAUCAAUCGUUAUGCGCCUUAAAGAUCGAUUGCCAGAUAAAUCACGUCUACAUGAAAUUUUCUAUGUAUCACAACGAACACUUCGGAAUGCAUUUCGAAAUCCGGGUCUCAUCGGUGUACAGACGAUUAUGUCAGUAUUUUUAGGAAUAUUGAUUGGUUUAAUCUACAUGAAUACAGAUCGAUCAAUGGAUACUGGAUUAAAAAAUCGUAUUGGUGCCAUUUUUUUCAUUGCUACUAAUCAAGUAUUCAGCAGUCUAUCGGCACUCGAUAUUUUUAUUAGAGAACGUCAAUUAUUUCAACAUGAGAAUGCCAGUGGUUACUAUCAUGUAUCAACUUAUUUCAUAUCAAAAUUAAUCUGCGAUAUUAUUCCAUUACGAACGAUUCCAUCAGUUCUUUUCUCGGUGAUUGCCUAUUUCUCGAUAGGUUUUCAACAAACAGCUGCAAAAUAUUUUAUUUUCUUCUUUGGAAUUUUGGCUACUACACUCUGCUCAUCUUCAUUGUGUUUUGUUGUUUCUGCUAGUGUGGAGGUAUUUGGAGUUGCCAACGUCGUUGCAGCUAUGUUUUGUGUAUUAACAUUAGUAUUUAGUGGAUAUUUGGUCGAAGUCGACUCAGUUGUGAUAUUUCUUUCAUGGAUCAAAUGGAUUAGUAUAUUUCGAUAUUCAACAAACAUAUUCAGUAUUAAUGAAUUUAGUGGUUUGCAACUUUGUUUAAAAAAUAAUACAAAUAUUUGUCCACUUGAUGGCAAAACAAUUUUGAAAGAUCAAAAAAUUGAAUAUACAUCAGAAUGGGAUUUAUGGAAGAAUUUUGUAGCUUUAGCUGGUAUUAUGUUGGGUUUUCUAACUCUAACCUAUAUUCAAUUACGUCGUAUGAAGAAAACAAAAUAA